AUGCGGAUGCGAGAGAGACGCAAUCUUCCCAUUGCCGUAAAUGACAUGGAUGAAGAAGUGGAUUGCAAAUCAGCCAUGCGCAAGAACAUUGAAAUUUCCAUUGAUAUUUUUGUCGUUGUGGUAGUCAUUUCCGCUGUCAUAUCGGCGUCGGUGGGCGGUGGUGACGCUGCUGGGACCACCAACAACAAUAACAGCAACUACAGGGGUGGCAAUUGGAGUGGAAACUUUAGCGACGGCGGCGAUAUCACUAACGGCAACAAUAAUACCUUGGCUCCUUCUCCCCUUCCCAUGGAAGGAAACUUUACGACUCUCUUGCCCAAGCCUACGGACCGUCCCACGACGAGUCCGUCUGAUUUCCUUCUCUAUGACGCACCUUUGGACGAAGAGUGCCAGGCACUGGAGGAAGAAGACUCGUCUUCCUCGUCUUCAUCUUCGUCUUCGUGGUGGCAAUCUCACCGCAACAAUGCCUUGCAACGGUCGAUUGAAUUGGUACUCGAUGUCAAACUACUUUCCGCUGAUGCUACUAUUACUACGACACCGGAAGAGGAACAACAACGACAACAAGAACAACAAGUCGUUUGGAUCCAAGACAUUACCACCGCCAUGAAUCGUUAUCUAGUGCCAUUGCUAUUGGGAUGCAGCAGCAGCAGCAGCAACACAAACAGCAAUAACGAAUUUGCGGCACAGAUUGCCAACAUGGGAGACCGAUCGGCCUAUGCCAUUUCCAAUGCCACUGUGGUACAUUCCUCACCUACUCCUACGAAUACUAAUUUAAAGGAUGAAAACGCUAACGAAGACGAAGACAUUCUGGUACAGCGGGUCAUUUUGACGAUUCAUUGCUUAUUGAAAGGAUACGAAGACAACGAUUGGAUGACCACCAGAAUAAACAAAAUGUUGAACCUGGAGGAAGGCCUCACGCCACUUCUCACGAGACUCAGUUUGACCGAUUUGCUCGAAACCAUGUCCAUCGUUCAGAUUGUUCCCACGCGGGCCACCUCGUUGAAAUCCAUUCUGGGCAGCGAUUUGCAAUCCUUGACAUCGGACCAAAAAUUCAUGUUGCAUCCGCAAGCCUUUUAUUGGUUGGCCGAAUUGGAUACCUGGAAGAAUACUGCUUUGACCAUGGAAACGGCCUACACGUGGAUGUCCCGAUACGUCUUGGCCAUUGUCUUUUAUGAAAAUGUCUUUGUCGGGGACGUGGUCAAUCAAACCGACAAUGGAACCUCAAGAUUUCAAACCUGGUUAAGUUCCAGUGAAUCUGCGUGCGAAUGGUCUGGAUUGGAUUGCGAUGGCGACGGUAUUUUGACUAGAGUCUAUUUGGAUUAUGAUGAAUUGACUGGGCACAUGCCCUCCGAGAUUGGGCUCCUCACGCACUUGACGUAUUUGAAUCUAUUCCAAAAUGCACUAACUGGACGAAUCCCCACGGAGAUUGGCAAGCUCACAUCUUUAAAGGCUGUAUUCUUUGCUGGAAACCGUCUGACUGGACAAAUUCCUUCCGAAAUUGGAGAGCUCUCGUCAUUGACAAGACUGAGUUUGCCCAAUAACAACUUCUCGGGGCCCAUUCCUUCGGAGAUUGGUCAACUAACUGAGUUGAUAGCAGUGCGCUUGAGUGAUAACAAGCUAUCUGGAACAAUUCCAUCGGAAAUCGGCAUGCUUACAUCCGCAACACGUCUGCGCAUCAAUGGCAAUUCUCUGACCGGGUCCAUCCCUACCGAGAUUCAGCAAUUGACGAGCUUGACGGUAUUAUUCUUGAAUCACAAUAAUCUGUCUGGUGCAAUACCCUUGGGGAUGGGAAUGCUCACAAAUUUGGUCGAGCUAUCCUGUGACCAAAAUACGUUGACGGGAUCAAUACCGCCUUUGAUCGGUAGUCUCACUGGCUUGACGACGCUAACUUUGUAUGACAAUGAACUCUCAGGGAACAUUCCUUCCGAAAUGAACCAGCUAUCGAACCUACUGGUAGAUCGGUGUCGAAUAUCAGAAGGAAACCUUUUCAACGAUACAAGCAGUUUGCCGGGUGUAUGCACGUAG